AAACCUUCCGGGUGGACCCACCCCAGACAGAUCACACCCUGAAGACAUCACCCUCAUUGCUACAAGGUGGUCACCUCCUGGCAGGACUUAAGGCAGGCACCUUGAGCCCCGUCGGGGUGGUUGAGUGAAGUUGAGUCCUUUUGCCAGCCCACUGCAGGGUCCUUUUGGCUUACUCCCCAGGGAGAGGCGCUGCGUGUCUGUAGCGGUGGGGUUGGCGCGGGCGUGGUACAGCCCCUGCAGUUCCUCCUGACUUAAGCGUUGGGGGGCUUAGACGUUUCUCGUUCUUCUCUCCCUGGUUCCCCAGCUGUCUCACUCAAGACCUUUGGCAUUCGUCUGGAAGAGGCGCUGGUGAAUGAGCUUACCCGUCGCAAGCAUCUGGAACUGAGAACCGCGAUGCAGAUUGAAGAAUCCACCCGUCAGGCUUCCCGCCGACGUGGAAACGUGGCGCAAAGGAUGUUUGGCCGCAUCAGGCGCCUUUUCAAUCGCAGGCGUGAUGAGCCCUCCUUGCCCCCGGAGUUCACUCGCCGUGGACGUCGAGGUGCAGUUUCUGUGGACAGCCUGGCUGAGCUGGAGAAUGGGGCCCUGCUGCUGCAGACCCUGCAACUUUCCAAGAUUUCCUUUCCAAUUGGCCAGCGACUUCUGGGAUCCAAAAGGAAGAUGAGCCUCAACCCAAUUGCUAAACAAAUCCCCCAGGUUGUGGAGGCUUGCUGCAGCUUCAUUGAGAAAAAUGGCUUAAGCACAGUGGGGAUUUUCACCCUUGAAUUCUCGGCUGCAAGAGUGCGUCAGCUUCGUGAAGAAUUUGACCAAGGUCUGGAUGUCGUGCUGGAUGAUACUCAGAAUGUUCAUGAUGUGGCUGCACUCCUCAAGGAGUUUUUCCGUGACAUGAAGGACUCUCUGCUGCCAGAUGAUCUGUACAUGUCCUUCCUCCUGACAGCAACUCUGAAGCCAGAGGAUCAGCUUUCUGCCCUGCAGUUGCUGGUUUACCUAAUGCCACCAUGCCACAGUGACACCCUGGAGCGUCUGCUGAAGGUCCUGCAUAAAAUUACUGAGAACUGCGAGGACUCCAUUGGCUCUGAUGGACAGUUGGUUCCAGGCAAUCGUAUGACUUCCACCAAUUUGGCCUUGGUGUUUGGAUCUGCCCUCCUGAAGAAGGGGAGGCUUGCCAAGAGGGAGUCCAGGAAAACAAGGCUGGGGAUUGACCACUAUGUUGCUUCUGUCAGUGUGAUCCGUUCCAUGAUUGAUAACUGGGAUAUCCUCUUCCAAGUGCCUCCUCAUAUCCAGAGGCAGGUUGCUAAGCGAGUGUGGAAAGCCAGUCCUGAAGCCCUUGAUUUUAUCAGACGCAGGAAUUUGAGGAGGAUCCAGAGCGCACGGAUAAAGAUGGAAGAGGAUGCUUUACUUUCUGAUCCAGUGGAAAACUCUGCUGAAGCCCGGGCUGCUGUCCUUGCUCAAAGCAAGCCCUUUGAUGAAGGUUCCUCUGAGGAGCCAGAUGUGCCUCCUGGCACUGCCCGUUCCCACGACGAUGAGGAAGGAGCGGGUAACCUUCCCAUUCCGGAGCAAGACCGCCCAUUGCUCCGUGUGCCCCGGGAGAAGGAGGCCAAAACUGGCAUCAGCUACUUCUUUCCUUAAAUGUUUUUCCUUCUAUAAGGUGCCGGACAGGGGAAAAGGGUGGGGGUAGACCUGGGGUGUCGCAGGAAACAUUAAGGAGAGUGUUGAAGGUAAAGAUCUGAGGGUUAGAAGGAGUUCCAGCCUGAUGGCUCGGGUCAGGUUGGGAACUCCAAACACACUGUCAGCCCCUUCACUGGGGAUGCUUGGUCCCUUCAGCUGGUAAAAGCAGAGAUGUUUCUGUGUCAUGCCCAGGCUCCCUGGUGCUACCUUGCCUUUCCCUUUGAACCCUGAUCCUGGCUUUACCACACUACAGUCCAAUCUUUAAUUGAUGUGACAUUUGUGGCAAACACCUGUCCCAGAGAAGCUCACAAAUCUCGAGAUGCUUUCCCUCCCCCAAAGGGAAUUGCAUGUUUUUCCUGAUUUUCCUACCCUCUUCCUGCGAGCUCAAUUGAAAAGCCCUCAAGAGGCAUGCUAGAAAGUUAGGUCAGCCUAUUGACAGCUGACAAACAAUUAAUGCUAAACCAUGUCACACCAACUCAUAGCCGUGUCCCCACGGCAAUUCCACCACCUCAGGAUUUGUUUUUUUCCCCAAACUAUUUAGACCUAUGGCUCAUCAAACAGCCACUCCCAAAAUUCUGUGCAGUUUUGCUUAGGUCAAGUCAACAGGAAAACCUCAAGUGUAAGUCUAACUAGCUUUUCUGGGGUCAAAAAUUAGGGAAAAAAUUUGGAUGAAUUAACCUGGAUCUGUUUUAAAGACAACUGGUGUUCACACCCUGUUGUCAGCAAAACAGCUAGUUAGGUACACACCUAUAGUUCCAAAUAGUUAGAGUCACCUGAUUACAAAUGUUCUUAUCUUACCUAUCGUCUCUGUAGUUCCUCUAUGCAAGGGGGAGACGUGCUCUGGUAACAUAGAUAUGGGUUAGGUAUGACAUCUAAAAUUACAGCUGAUAUUGAUGGGUAACAACUGCUAAGGUCCAUGGAAUGAGGAAUGUUUUGUAUUGAGGGAUAGAAAUUGAUCAUAGAAUGGGUAACAACCGCAAAGCUCGAAGAUUUGUGAUUGUUAAAACUUCUCUGGCGUUUAAUCAUUAAUAAACAUCUGUAUUGUGACAGCAGCAUAUUCAUGGCUUACUGUGUGCUUUAUUUAUUUAUUUUAAUUUGGGGAGUGAGGUAGGAAGCUCUGAAUGGAGAGCUGAAGGGUAAAUGGAGGUAGGGGAUGGGAAUAAGAGGGUGACAUGGAAUAAAGGAAAGGGGAUAACAUGGGAUAAAGGGAAGGGGAUGACAUGAAGUAAAGGGGAGAGGGUGACAUGGAAUAAGGGGGAAGGUGACAUGGAAUAAAAAGGAGGGUGACGUGGAAUAAAGGGGACAGGUGGCAUAGAAUAAAGAGGAGAGGGGACAUGGAAUAAAGCAGAGGGGUUACAUGGUACAAAGGGGAGAGGUGACAUGGAAUAAAGGGGGAAGGGUGACAUGGAAUGAAGCAGAGGGGUGACAUGGAAUGAAGGGGAGGGGUGACAAGGAAAAAAGGGGAGGGGUGACAUGGGAUAAAGGGGAGGGGUGAUAGAGUAAAGGGGAAGGGCGACAUGGAAUAAAGAGGAGGGGUGGCAUGGAAUAAAGGGGAGAGGUGAUGUGGGAUAAAGGGGAGGGGCGACAUGGGGUAAAGGGGAGGGGUGACAUGGAAUAAAGGGAGGUGAAGUUGAUAAAGGGACAUGACAUGGAAUAAAAGGGAAGGGUGACAAGGAAGAAAGGGAAGGGGGUAACAUGGAAUAAAGAGGAGGGGUGACAUGGAAUAAAGGGGAGUGAAGUUGAUAAAGGGACGUGGUGAUAUGGAAUAAAGGGGAGCUAGUGACGUGAAAUAAAGGAAAGGGUGACAAGGAAUAAAGGGAAGUAAAAUGGAACAAAGGGGAGGGGUGGUAAUUGAAUGAAGGGGAUAGAAGGGUUGAAGUACAAUAAAGAAUUAAGGAAGGAUGAAGGAGAAAUAGGGAAGAGGAAUGAAAGAGAAGGGGGAGGGGCUUCAGUGGAGAAGGAAGGAAGGUAAAGGGGGAGACCACUAAGUAUUCUCAACUGAGAAUUUUCUCCUGAAUUGGUGAAAAAUGAAAACCUAAAACAUCUGGAGACAUGAUUUCCAAGGUAAGAGGAGGAAGAAUGUGCUGCUGUUUGAUUGAUAGAACCUUCAACCUCUCUUGAAGGCUCAAGGCUUCUUGAUAUACUUGGGAAUUUCCCAUGUCAGUGACAGAGACCCAGAAAGUGAAAUGGAGUGUAUUAUUUAUUUUUGCACAAUCUGCUUUAGGAUAUUUCCUUGCAUAGAGCCUUACAGACAGCAGAAAUGUAAUACUGGCUCCCUCCUAUAAUAAUUCUAUUAUAAUUGAUAAUUAUGAUGAUAUUCUUCCCAAGGUUGUGGCACUGUUUAAAAGUUUGACAUGCAUCAUAUUAUUUAAUCUCCACAACAACCCCAUGAGAUACAUGGUACUGUCAUCCUCAUUUUAUUUUUGAGGAAAAUAAGAUACAGAAAGGAUAAGUAACUUGCCUAUAUUACUCACCUGGUUAGUAAAAAAAACAGCCACUGUAUCAUAUUGACCCAUUCAGCCUGGGAUUCUACCUCUGACAGAAAGAUGCAUUGUGAUUACCUUAGUCAUUUUCUUGGAUUGGGGAUUGUACUUUCAAUAACCAAGCUUCAGUUUCCUUUCUUGUAGGCCCUUUCUCUCCAGACAGAAUGAGCUGUUUGUUAGAAAUAACUGUGG